UUGUUAGCAGCACUGCGCUCGCAAGAACAAGAUUGUUGCUCUGUUGUAGUUUUGGUUGGGUAGCUUGCUAGCUAAAGCAUUUUACAUUUUAUAUAAUAGCUAGCUAAUUCAUCACAAAGUUUGGGGAUACAUAAUUGCGUCAACAAGGUUAGAUAUUUUAUGUUACGUGUACGUUGUAGUUGUGUGCAUUUUACUAUAAUCGUUGAGGCUAGACGUUAUGGUCUGCUGGAAGCAGUACAGCUAGCUAGUUUAGGUAGCAUCAAUCCAACUUUCGUCAACUCCUCUCGUUACGUGAUUCAGUUGUCCGUCAGUUGAUCAGAAAAUCCUGAAAAAUAAUAUCACAUAGUGGCCACAGUGUUUGAUAUUAGGUCGGUUUGUUCAACCUUUGAAAGUCGAAGUUACGUUAGCAACGUCAUAAACAAAUGCAACAAAGUUGUGUUCCCUAGACAUUGAAGUGGCAUUUCCGGCUGCGUGAAAAUGGCUUUUUCUUGACCCUGGGUAUGGAGGAGAACGAGGCACUGGAGAUCUACUGCAGGAGAAUGAUAACACAGGUCAACAACAAACUAAACCCAGAAACUGGAGGAGAGAGCCAGGAGGAGAGGGGGGAAGAGGGGGAGAGAACAGCCCCCCGAGGGAGGGGGAGGCAGGUGUUGCAGAGUGAGACGUGGAGGAGAAUGAUCAUACAAAUACACAGAAAACAGAACACAGAAACUACAGCAGUGAGUGAGAGGAGAGAGAGGCAGAAGGAAAAGAUUGUGAGGAGACAGAGGGAGUGCGAAGACCUUGCAGGAGAGCCUGUCCCUUUACAGCUAAUUUCUGCCCUGAAGAUGAAGACUUUCACAGAGGAGAUGAGACGGGCCAUGGACACAGAGCUGCAUGACCCAUCAGUGUGUGGAGUGUGUGUGCAGCAGCAGGCAGCUUUGUCCCUGAACACCUUCAUCAGGAGGAAGACUACUCAACUAGACACUAACACACUGGAGGAUAAACUACACACACACCUCUACAACAGGGUACAACACACCUCUACAACAGGGACGCUGUGUGUCUGUUGGGAGAGUUGCUAAGGGGCCUCCCCAAGCCCUCUGACUCCCCCAGCAGGAUCUGGGAACAACUGCAGGCCAGAGGAAGACAGCAACUUAGGGUUCCCUUGGAGACAGAACAGGAAUCUGGAUGUACCCAGACAAGAGAACGUCAAUCUGGGGUUACCCUGACGACAAUACAAGAACUGAGCUAAGUGUACCCUCAUGCUGGCCAUGUGACUGAGCAUAGCAGAAAUGGCACCCUUUUCCCUAGUGAACUACUUUUGCUUCGAGACAGCCCUACGUGGAACUGGAUUGCAGCCUGUGACUUUCACUGCUUGUCAUUGAUCAUGUGUAUUAUAAUGAGAUUCAUCUUGAAGCAUAAAAGGAAAUACAAUUCCAACUGCAGUACAAAAUACAUUUAUUUUUGUCUUCAAGUUUCACAUACAACACUGUUAAAAGCAAAUAAGCAUCAUGGUUUUCUCAGUCCUUGACCGUCCAUUAUGCCUUCAGUAAACAUUAGAACAACUUCCUGGGUUAUACACUCCAACAAUGAACCCACUUUCAUAUCAUCGCAAACCGUUACAGCACAGUCAUUAUAGUUCAGCCAUGGAAAGUGUUCAUGCAAUGCAAACAUGUUAAAUACAGAGUAACAAGUAAAUGCAGUAUGUUUUACAUUUCUAAUGUUAGAACCAAUAGCAACAUUAGCUGAAGAACGCUCAACUCCGUUGGCUUGUGUCGAGGCGGAGUUGUGUUUUGAUAACUGGUUGGGUGAUAUGCGAGCAACAACAUUGAGUCACCAUCAGUUGAUACUUAUGUUUGUCCUGUACAACCGCGGUCCUUCCAUAGGAUGCCGAAAUUCAUUCUUUGAAUAAAAACUUUUAGCGAA